AUGAUUCAACUAAAGACCAUGCUGAAAGUUAUCGAUAACUCAGGAGCUCAAUUGGCUGAGUGUAUCAAAGUUAUUGGUAAAGGUUCUCCACAAACCCCUGCCAAGAUCGGUGAUAGAAUAGUAUGUGUAAUACAGCAAGCAAGACCGGUGACACAAUCAAUAGCUGGUAACUCCAAUACAAAUAGAGUACGUAGAGGGGAUAUAGUACAUGCCAUUGUUGUAAGGACGAGACAGACCAAUAUGAAUAGACCCGAUGGGUCAUCUGUGGCAUUUGGGGAUAAUGCUUGUGUGCUGAUUAAUAAAACUACUGGUGAUCCAUUAGGAACAAGAAUCCUUGCUAAUGAUGGGAUAGUAGGGAGAGAGUUAAGAGCCAAAGGUAUGAAUAAGAUUUGUGCCUUAUCUAGUCGUGUCAUUUAA